ACGACCGCCGCCGGUGAAAGCUUGCCCGGCAGACGUACCGCGCGUGCCCUGCUGUUCGAACGUGUGUGUACGUGUCUCCGCCGCGACAGCUCCGUUCACCUGUAUGUUUGUGUGUGUGUGUGUGUGUAUAUAUAAAUAAGCUCUGCUGGCCACAGGUUGUACCGCUCUGAAGAUCCGGAAAAGCCCAACGUUCGGUAAAAAAAAAAAACCAUGUCGGUGCCGUCACCGUGGCCCGCGGCCUCAGCAUCGCAAUAGACGACAGACGCGUGAGCGUGACGAGACCGACCCAGAGAAUAUUAUUAUCGUUUAUUAUAUUUUGACAACACGCCGACAGCCGGUGCACACGCGAGUGAUGACGAUGACGACGGAAACGACAACGACGAUGACGAUGGUAUCGUCAGAAAAUGACUGAAUCGGCAGCCGCUCUGUCACACGAGCAGACAGUUUCCCGCUGCCCGACGACGACUCGCAGCUGCAGCCGCACGCACCACACCGCGACCUGCCGGCGGUGAAUGCCCGUCAACUGUAUUAUGCUGUCGUACAUGGCGCCAUCCGUGAACGACAAACCGCCGACGGUGCCCAGCCGGCUGGCGCUGGAACACAAGUCGGCCGCGGCCACGGCGUACCACCGGUUCAGCCGGCCAACGCCCGGCGUCGCGUUCAGCGUGCAGCAGCUGGACGGCCACCGCGAGGGGUUCGGCGCACUGCCCGCACCGCCAGUCCGGCGAACAAUGGUGAAAGACGAUAGCUCGGGCAGCAUCACAUCCAGCGUCAUCGUGGACGCCGUGCUGCCGGCCACGCACGACAGUAAACGGCCGGCCACCAAACCGGCCGCGUCCAAAAGGGUUUCGUUCGGUAGUUCAAAAGGAUCUAUGGUUGAAACAUUGAUAUACGAUAGCCCCCCUGUCCAAGAAGAGCCAUUGGAUUCAAGCGAUAUUGACGACACUGACGGUACCGUUGCGUCCACUAAAGUCCGUGUGAGCUUUUUCGAGUCCGAGAAACCGUGCGUGUUACCUUCACCACCCAAAUCGUUGGAAAUAUUUGGCGACAGCACGAUGACCACUUCAAGUCCUAUACUACAGAGGUCGAACGGCCACGUCCAAACGCAAAUUAGUUCGGACGGCUGGGAUAAUCCUUUCAGACCGGACGGUGACUUGUCCAAAGAGGCUGACCAGAUAGUCGAACUGAUUAAAGAAGGCAAACCGAUCACGCCGACGCCCACAAGUGCUACGUCCCCGCUAUUGCCCGACCACAGCACGGACGUCAAACACGACCAACAACCGGUGACGUCCACGCCAACAAAGGCGAACGGAACGUGCAAUGAAAAGAACGCGGUACCACCCAACGUGGAAGUCCAAAGAGGAACUGUGAUAAAUGGAAACGAGCCUUCCCAGGUGGAACACGUAGUGUUGAAGAAAAAACCAAAAUGCAGGUGUUGCGUGAUACAAUAACAUGCAACCGGAUGUACACACGUUUUUAUUUCUAUGUAAAACAUAAUAAUCCAAAAAUGCAUAAACCAAAAAAAAAACAAGAACGCGCUGUUGUACCUUCAGCUAUAUGUCGUUCGUGAGAUGAUCACGUCCUCGCGAUUCAAAAUUAUUUUUCAGAGCUAUAUUAUUAUUAUAUAUAUAUAUAUGUUUGUACCUAUGUUUGUAUUUAUAAGUAUAUAUAAAACUUUACAAUUUGUAUUAUAAAAAUAAUGACUUUUCUAUAUAAAUACCUGGUAUUAUACGGUAUAAAUAAAUGUCACAUAGUUCCUUUUUAUAUAUAUAUAUUAUGAUAUUUAUUGAUAAAAAAAAAAAAAAAAAAAAAAAAUGUAAUAGUAUAGCAAUAUUGCUUGUGACAUAUUAUAUUAUACUCGUGCAUGUUAUUUGGACAACUGUGGUUCGUAAUGAAGACGGGGGGAAAGCGAAAAAAUGUAAAUUUUCACGCAGUCAUACAAUAUAGGCGCAAACGCACGCUCAAAAAUUUCAUUUUACGAAUUCACAAUAGGCAAAUAUAUUUUUUCAGUAGCUAAACCCCUACUCUUUCUGUGAUUAUAUAUAUAUUUUUUUUUUUGUUUUGUUAUUUAUUUUUUAUUUAUUACUAUUGGCAGAUAUUGUUCUAGGGAUUCAGCGAAUUAUAUAACAUUUAUUGUAUACCAUAUAAAUAUAUUUUGUAAUUUUCAUUUUGAUUUAUUGGGUAAAGGAAGAACGUUAUGAUGUUGCGAACUUGGAGUGUUCACUUAAAUAUUUUUCAUUAAGUAUAAUAUGGAAAUGUUGGAAACUAAACGAAAUAUUGACCCUUUGAAGUGUUGACAUUCUUUUAAAUCGCUUUCACUAUGACAUCUUUUCUAAUUGUACAUUUAUUCUAAAAUAUAUAUAUAUACUUAACUUGAUGAAAAUUCCUCAAAAUUAUGAAAUUUCGUAUUUUUUCAAAUAACUUCAUAAUAUGUAAUUAUAACUAUAUUAAUAUGUAAUUUGUUGUAAGAAAAAUAUCAUAAUUACUUUAAACAUAUAUAAUGAUUUUAAAAAAAAUUCCAACAUUUCCAGUGUAUAAUUCUUAACAACUAUGUAUCGUUUCUGAACAAUGUCAUAAUAAUAAAUAUAUUUGUACUUGAGUACCUAUUGUAUUGUA